UUUUCUCACCUCGUUUCUCACUCAGUCUCUAGAGUCGAGGAUGGAGUUAAAAGAAAGAGAUACAGGUAAUACCAAGUCGAGGAUGGAGUUAAAAGAAAGAGAUAUAGAAGUGAAAAUUUCCUCGCAAGUUCUUCAGAAAGCCUUGCUAGUAAAGAGCAAUUACUGCUGGCCAUGUGAUCAACCCGCAGUUGUGUUUCCAUGGUGCCAUCUUGUGCCAGAAGGUGACCCUCCUCCACAUUCUACCCCCUACAUGCAAAUGCAUGAAUCUAGAGGUGAAGGAAUCGAUGCAAUAUGUAGCAAGUACAAUGGAAAAGCUGAUCUUCAAGUUGUUUUAGUGAUUUCUGGAGAGUCUGAAAGCUGUCAAAAAAUUCUGUCAGCUGGUCACUUAAAAGAUGAUUUAUCAUCAUUUCUUGUUAUUGUUUCAAGCAAAUAUAAGAGAGAAAUUUUAAAAUUUUUUGAUAAAGCAAGAGACAAUAAAGCUACAGUAACAAUAUUCUUUAAUAAAAGAUACGAAUUUGCUCGAGCUUUUUUUCCUAAAAUUCCAGAAAGUCAUGAACAGUUAUUUAAGGCAGCACAGUAUGUGAUAGAGAAUAAACUCAUUGUCUCUUUCUCACCAUAUUUGGACAUCAGUAAACUUAUGGAUAAAUCAAGUACAAAGAACAUGCCUGCACAAAGCAUUGAGUCCAAUAAUCCAAGAGAAAGACUACUUUCAUUCUUUUUAAAUACUAUAUUUUAUCAGCAUAUGGAGGCAUAUAUUGAGUUAACAUCAUCUUUUAAUGCAGUAGAGGUUGUUCGUCUCUUUCAAAAUUCUCUUCACUUUAAGUCAACCUUUUCCCAAGAUUUUAUAUUUUAUUUCUGUCUAGCUUACAUGAUUUAUAAAAAUGGAACAGGAUUUGAUUUUAGCAAUAAGGCCAUUAUUGUAACAAUAGAAUUUAUACAGUGUUUGUUGCAAGUACCUGUUGUUAGUGUUAAUGAACAAUUGCAAAAAUUUGUGAAACAUGAUGAUUUUGAAGCAACUAUUGCUAAAAUAAAUAGCAUCUUUGAAUAUGCUGCUGAUUCAAUAUUACACAGUUGUGACAUUUAUUUUGAAACUGUUAAGGGUUCAGAGCUAAUUCAUGUUUCCUUACUAUUAAUAUCUAUUGCACUCAAGUUAUUGUACACUAAUGAAAAAUUAGCAAAGAAAGCUGAGAAUAUCUGGACUAAAAAGUUUAAAAAAUAUUUUAGUUCUGGCUUAUCCAUAGAAGACAUUACUUAUCUUGAUAAAGGGUUAGAGGCAAUGGCAGUAAUAUUAUCUGGCCAACCUCAACUGAUGGCUACUUGGAAAGAUUUUUCAGUGAUAUUUUUAGCCAAGCCAUACUCUUUUGAAAUAAUGAGGAGUUUUAUUGUACUAGGUAUUAAUCGCUUGAUUAGAGGUCAAAAUGAUGUAUCAUUUCGGAAACAUUUUUUGGAACCAUUGACAGCUACUUGUAUGGCUGCAUCUCAGAAAAAAAGACCUCAUUUUUGCACAGGAAGUAUUAUAGAAGAAGGAAACAAUUUUUUAAAGGACUUGACCCAGCUGAUCAUACAAUAUAAAUGGGAUAUUGAAGACUAUAAUAACAUUCUUGAGGAUUGGAUGAAGAUUGUUUUUAAUAUGAUUGAUCUCACUGAUCAAGAGACAAGGAAUCAGUUACUAGAUUGGAUAAAUGAAAAAGAGAAGAAAUUAUGGAUUAAUUGGGAAUCAUCCUAUUACGAACAGAUUGAGAACUUAUUAAUAAUACAAUGCAAUGAAGUACCACUGGAAUACUUCAUUAGGAUUAUUAAUACAUUGAAAGAUGAAAAACUUAACAAACUAAACGUUAUAAAUGUGUACUUGGGGCGGUUAGAUCCAAAGCUACUUUCUGAGAAGCCUGAAAACGAUUUUAUUAGUCUUGCAAUGACACAUGUGUCUCAAUCUAAAGUGCUGAUUACAUAUUUUAGAACUGUCAUUCAUAUGUACUCAAAAGACAAAAAAAUUUUGAAGUUUUUUGAAGAUUUGAUGUCACUUGAUGUACUUCCAUCUGAGGAAUUUAAUCAACAGUUAAUGAAUCAGCUUGAGCCUCUUGUUUCAAAUUCAAGUUCAAUUCUUCAAAAUCAAUUUAAAAAUGAAAAAGAAAAAUUUAUUUCUAUCAUACCUCAUUCUAAUAAUUCUUUUAACUGGAUGAUAACAAAAAUGUUGCUUCAGGUAAUCCUUCCAAAAGCGGAUUUCAGCUCAGAUUAUGGCUUCAUUUCUUCUUCUUUUAAUGUUAUGAAUGAAGAAGAUUUCUAUUCUACUAGAACCAGAGCCAUUCUUUAUGUCAUACAUUUUGUUUUGAAAAGUGCUCCACUUACAGAUUUCAGUUGCUUCGAGAGAUCUUCAGGGCCUCUUUUUGUCUUGUCAGAGUUGUUUACUAAGAUGUGGACUGUAUUUAUGAGAUUAGGAGGCAAUGUGAGAGAGAAUUGCACACUAGAAGCUUUUAAAAUGAAACUGAUAGAUAAUGAAGAGGUUGCAAAUGUUGUUGAUAUCAUUAGUAGUUUAAAGUGUCUAGUUUCUAAUAUUUCAAAAACAAUGGAAACAAAUGAUAUCACGUAUGCUGAUAUUGAAGCAAUUCUUAAUGGGUAUGAUGUCUAUCAAGCAAUUGUUAACGUUACUGCAGGAGACAAUGAACUGAUAGAGAUUACUAUAGCACAGUUAGAGCUGUAUCACUCUUCAUUUGAUAAGUGUGUCAAGAAAAUUGAAGAUCUUUUAGUUAGAAAACCAGAAAAUUUUCCAGAUUUAGGAAGGGAACAUGUAAAGUCAGUUUUGUCUGAAUAUGAUAUUCCCUUUCCAGAUGAAUUAGACUCUCUGCUUAAUGGUUGUGUCAAGCCAUCCUCCACAACUAUCAACAUCUCAGUUUAUGAAACUGAAACCAUAGCACAACCACUAGUUGUUUUUACAUAUCAGGCAAACCCUAAAUGCUCUCUUGCCACUGUUCAAUCUGCUGCUGAACGACUUGAAAGUUUUAUUCGGCCAUUACUUGACUCAAUUGACUUUCUUGUAUUUAAUAGUUUGCAUAAGUCACAAAUACUAGAGAAAUGCAUUCAAUAUUAUCACAAUGCCACUCACAAAAGUGAUUCACCUAUAAUUAAGAUGCAGAUAUUAAAUGAAGCAGUGGACAAAGCAGGUAGUGUCAUAGAGCAGCUAAUGGAUGCUUCUGGAAACAGUCUCUCAAUGAAAACUAUUGUUGCAAUAUUCAAACCUGAGGAACUCAAAUCAUAUGACUUACCUAAUGAAGAUAAAGAGCUACAUCAGUUCUACAAGUUACGGUGUGGCAAGUAUUCAGAAAUUGCUGCCUCUCAAUCUAUUAUGACAUUUUUGGAACUUAAUAAUGUAGUGAAACGAGUCAGGAGUCUUCAAAAUGUUUGCAUAAAUUUUAAGCUAAGGAAGUGCUUGAAUGAUCCUAUUAUGAUGAGACUUGUAGAUGCAUCAAAGGCUGCAUUUGAUGGAAAUAUCAAACUGAAGAAGGCUAAUGAAGAAGUUCAAUUUAUCAAAAAAAUAUUUAAUAUUGUCAAUGGCGGACUAAUUGAUCAUCCUUUCUUUCUAUUAAUAUCAUCUUUGGAGAACAAUUGUCAGCUUUAUGACUUUGCAAAUGAACGUGGCUAUGGUUCUGUUGAAGGAAUGGAUAUUUUUUUGCAAGAGUAUCGUUUAGUCACUACUGAUCUUUUAUUUGAAGAGUUUGAGGAAGAUAUAUUGGACAAGCUCAUUGCAGCAAUGGAACUUAUAUUUCCAUUUUUUGACACAACAUGCACUUUGGUUGAAUUGUGGGGUAAUAUUGCUAAAAUUGGUGACAUGAAAGUACUUAAAGUAGCCAUUUCUCACUUGUUGACAGUUAAUGAAAGGAUUGAAGUUAUUAAAGACUGGUUUAAUCAGGCUAAUGAAGAAGCUCAAGAAAAUAAUGAAAAAAAACUUGAAGCGAUUCUUAGUUCAGGAUGUUGCUGUUUUGACUUUGGUACUGGCUUUCAUGUUAAAAUUACACUAGAGUUUCAAAAGCAUUCAUCAGAAGAAGUUCAACCGUCCACUCAGAAACCAAAAGUUUUAUUACAAAAAGAAAUUGAGUCGCUAUCACAGGAGUUAGGCUUUGUUAAUUACAAACCUGAAUCUGAACACGGAAAAAGAUUGAAUUGGUUUAAUUCAUAUAAGGAUCUUGCUUUCAAGCUGCAUGAUUGUUAUUCAGAUCUGCAGUGUUUUGGUCAUUUAGAAUAUCAGAAUCCCCCUACAAAAAUAUUUACAUUAUUUCAUAUUGAUGGAAGUGCUUCUUGGCUAGAGUUAGAAGCUGAGAUAAGAAGAUGCAAUGACACAAGAAAAAAAUUCAUUUCUGAUCUUGGUACAUGUAGAAAGGAUUAUCUCCUCCUGUCAUUCAUUAAUACACAGAAAUUGAAAGUCAUUCAUGAUAGCUUAAUCAAGCUUACUGAUAUAGAUAAUUUACUAAGAAAUGUGGGUUUUUUCUUUAAAUUGGAUCUAGACUGUUAUUCACAUUUAUUUGAAUGUGUUCAGGAUCUUCAUACUUUUGUUGAGUCUAAUGAGGAAAUGAAGUCGCUUCAUCCAGCAAAACUCACAGGGGAAUUUCUAAAAGAGCUAAUUAGCCUAAAAUCUGUCCAACCAUAUUUAUUGGAUUUUCUUAAUCCUUUGGACUCUCCUUUAAUAUCACAAAAGCAUGGACCUGUUAAAGAUCAUGUCACUUUCACUCUUAUUUCUGCACAUAAUGCAACUCCCAUUGAUAUAUUUAGACUUGUUUAUUGGACAUUUGAGAAUUCAUUCCCAAUGUUUCAUCAACUCUUUAGAUGCUCACCAAGGACAACAAAAGAAGAAAUUAAGUUGUUUUUUGAUCGAGUUUUACAUUAUCAAGCCAUUGAUAGAUACCUUGUAUUAGGUGUUAACAUCAUCAGGAAUGACUUGCAACAGAUAUUUCUUGAGAAGUGUGCUACUCUUAAAACAACUGUUUCUAAUCAAUGCAAGUGUCCUGACAAUGAAAUCAAAAUAUGUCUUGUUGAAUAUUGUCCUUCACUUUUUCAACACAUACCAUGGAUAUCACAAAAUAGCAUCACAAAAAUAAAAGAUCUUCCUGAAUUCAAUAGUAUGGUCACUGAAUUUCAGAAACACAAUAAAGGAAAGGCAUUUGAAACCUUUGAAGUUGUUUAUGGAUUGCCAGGUAGUGGAAAAACUCAUUAUAUAAGGAGCCGUAUUAAAGAGCAUAGGAAGAAUAUAACAGAAAGGAUUGUGGGAGCUGAUCUUGCUAAGUACAUAAGGUCUUUGAGCAUUAAUGAAACAUUCAAUAAAACAAAAUUGGUUAAAAGAUUUCAAGAUGAUGCCCUUAAUUCAUCUGAUGUAUUAAUGCAUUUAAAUAUCAAUUUAGUGUGGUCUAAAAGUGAUGAUUAUAAAGCACUGUUUAAUGAGCUAGUGGAGGAUAUUAAUUGGUUCUUUUUUGAUUAUUUUAUUCUUCGAUAUGUUGAAGUCAUGGAAUAUAAGUCAAGUGAUGGAACUCCUUGUACUUCUCCUAAAUCUCUAUCAUUAGUAAUACCUACUGGUGUAUCAACAUCUGUAUAUGUUGAAGCACCGUACUGGAAUAUUCCACUGACAGAAACUGAGAGGCGAGACUCCAAUAUGGAAAGUUCAAUGGUUUCAAAUGGGAUCUCAUUUAGUGAAAUAUUUACUGCCUCAUUCAGUAAUGAGUCACUUAAUAGAUCAAAAAGCAAAUUUGAAGAAAUUUUUCCUGUUUUUGCUCUCCUUGGCAAAGUAGUGGAACCACCACCAUUGUAUGAUGUCAGUAGCAGUGGAGUACAGUUAGUUUGUAAGUAUCUUAAGGGACAUGAUGAUGAAACAGAAGAAAGACUUGAUCAUCUUAUGAAAUUAACCGACAACAAGGUAGUUAAAAUUGAUGAAAUCAUUAAAGAUGUGGAUCCAGAAGAAUCUCGCCUACUUCUUAAAAAGCACAUAGAAAGUGCCUUACCAUCAGAUUCUAAUAAUAUGAUGAAAACUAUUUGUUUAAAGUAUUUGGAGAGACGUUGUCUAUUUAUGGAAAAAAGUGUCUUUUUCCAACAAAAUCUUGGAAUUCCUUACCCAGUUAUUAGCAAAGAUGGCAAAACAAUUGGAAACUAUAAAACAGCAGAACUGAGGUCAAAUGUAUUUGCAUUGAUGUUACAAGAAGUUACAAACUUUUGUAAUCCAUCUAUGUCUUGGUAUUCAGAAUCUUAUCAUAAACAGCUUCUUUAUGAUGUUGGAGGUGGUGGGGGUACUUUUAAGCUAUUGUGUACAAACCCUGAAAAAAUGCCUGAUAGAGAUUUACAAUUAUUGAAGAACAUUGGCAUCGUCAUACCAUCUUCAAAGGAGCGUCUUAGCACACAAAUACUCUAUGACUACCUUUCUUUUGCUUUAAAUGUGAAGAAAGAUGAGAAUGGUGAGAUUGGUCUAAUACGGCAAAAGAAGUUUGUCCUCACAAGAGAUUUUGUGUUCAAAAUGCUUAAUAUACAUGAGAGAAAGGAGUGUGGCAUGCCAUUAGUUAUUAAAGGAGAGACAGGAGUUGGAAAAACUUUUCUUUUAGAGCUACUUUCUGCUCUUUGGAAUCAUUCGUGGAGUGAACAGUUGACGGUGCAAAGAAAUAGAAUUAAGGGAUUUUUUGUAGAAAAAAUAGUAGCACUUCAAGAGGUUGUUAAGACUAGCAACACAGACUUAGAGGAAGUCCUGUCGCUCAUGAAGGAAACAGCAAAUGAUAAUAUAGAAGAAGCUAUAAACAUAAAAUCAGCUCAAGAGAUGAUUCGUAGAAUAUUAAUUUUGAAAGACCCUAAGAAAAGCAAUAGUUGCCUCUUUACUGUCUUGAGAGAUCAUUUUCAAGUCAUUUUGUAUGAUCCUGUUAUAGCUAGUCUGCAGGUUCCAGUUGAACUUAACACUAAUGAACAGGAAUUUAAUGAACUUUUGACUUUAGCUCUGACAAAUUGUGAUGAAAAUAUAAUGGCCAUAGUUGUCUGUGGAAUCCUUUAUGGCAGAUUAAGAGGAACAUUUUAUAAAAAAAGCAUCCAUGCAGCUAUGACUGCUGCAGAAAUUGAGUCUUUUUUUCGUGAUGUUCAGCGUCAUGCUGGGUCACUAAAAGCACAUUACAAUAAAUAUGUGAAGAAUGCUCCCAGAAGUUCUUUGUAUCAAAAGCCAGUUCUUACAGUAUUUUUGGAUGAGAUCAACACUUCGUCUUGCCCUGGCUUUAUGAAAGAGAUAAUUAUUGAUGGUACAAUUGAUGGAAGAUCUAUAUCUUCAGAUGGAGAAAUUUUUAUAGUUGCUGCAUGUAAUCCUCACAGAGCUGAUAGUCUAGCAGCAGUUACCUUAACUAGUGCAAAAGAUAGUAAAAAUUGGUUUAACCCAACGUAUAAUGUUCAAAAUCUUCCACCAACACUCAAAUUAAUAAUGUGGGAUUAUGAACAGUUAAAAGAAGCAGAUGAACGUGAAUAUAUUAAGGAAAAAUUCCACCUUGAAUACCCAGAAGUGGAUCAAAUUCAGUACACUUUCUUUGCUGAACAAAUUGCCAAAGCCCAAAACUUAAUACGUUUGUUUGCAUCUGAAAAUUUAAAGCAUGAUGGAAUGAGUGAUGAUGAUGCUGUUCUUUUUGCUCAAAGUACUGUUAGCCAAAGAGACAUUCAGAGGGUUUUUAAACUUUAUUCAUGGCUAAAGAAAUGGUUUAUGAGAGACACCAAGUAUAAAAAUGAAUCAGAAUUUCAAGUCUCUGUUCGUGCAGUUUUUGUAUCACUUGCAUUAGUGUAUUAUUUUAGAUUAAGCAGUGACGGAGCAGAGAAAAAAAGAAGUGAAAGUAUUAGUAAAGAAAAAGGAGGAUUUCGUAAAUGUUUCAGAGAAAAGAUGCAUGAAGACCGUAAAGUUGGUGAAUGUGGUGUUCCAAUUACUUUUGAUAAGGCAUUAGCUGAUGAAUUAGCAUGGGUCACUGAAAACAUAGCACUUCCAAAAGGUAUAGCACCAACUGAAGCACUAAAGGAAAAUAUCUAUGCCAUUAUUGUAUGUGUAAUGACAAAAACUCCAGUUAUAAUUGUUGGCCCACCAGGAUCAUCGAAAACUAUCUCCUUUAAAAUAGUAGCAUCAAAAUUCAUAGGAACAAAAUCAAGCAAGGAGAGCACUGAGGACUCUGAUUUGUUUAAGAGUAUUUUCCCUCAAUAUUAUCAGUGUUCUCGUAAAUCAACAUCACAUGAAAUUGAGAUAGUAUUUCAGAGAGCAAUUGUGCGUCAAAAAACCUUUAAUGAAAAAGGUAGUGACAACCUGUCAGUAGUUUUAAUGGAUGAAGCUGGUAUACCUGAAUACAGGCAUGAAUCUCUUAAGGUUCUACAUUACUUUUUGGAUGAUCCACUAGUUUCAUUUGUUGGCUUAUCAAAUACAGUAUUAGAUGCUGCUAAAACUAAUCGUGCCAUUAGUGUUUAUAGAACUGAAGCUUCUCAUGAUGACCUACUGCAGUUAGCAAAAUAUUCAUUUUGUCAUGGUAAACCUAAUGGUAGCAUUGAUGACAAAAUAGAGAUUAUUGAGGGUUUUAUAAACAUCUAUGAACAAAUGAUGAGUAUUCCUGAUUUCAGCAGUUUUUUUGGCUUGAGAGACUUCAUUCAUUUUUUUACUUAUCUUAGCAGUGACCAGCAAAUCUCACCUGAAUCUGUUGUCAAAGCUUUAGAGCAAAAUUUUAGUGGAACUGAACAUUUUGAUGAAAUAUUAUGUGCUUUUCUUGAAAAUAUUGGUUCAAAACCCAACAAAGUGCAACGAAGGUCAUUGGUUGAUAUAUUACGCAGUAGCUUUGUGCAGGAGCCACAAGAUUUACUCUCUGAGAACAAAAUGCGGUACAAGUUACUUAUUGAUAGUAGUGAGGAUCAAUCAUUGAUCAGACUGCUUUUUACUUUUGGUAUACUGAAAAGAAAUAAGACUAAAAUACUCUCUUGCUCUAAACUUCCUGGAGACAGUGAUGCACAAAAGCUGUACACUUCCACUGCCAUACGACACUCUGUCACACAAGGGCACACCGUUCUUAUUUAUCAAGCUGAAGAAAUACAAGAAUGCUUUUAUGAUCUAUUCAAUCAGAACUUUACAUGCAUCAAGAAUACUCUUAAUAAUGAGGAAAUGGUUUUUCACUGUAAUGUAGCUAUUGGUUCUGUCAUGAAGCCAACUCGUGUGAGUCCUUGUUUUAACUGUGCCAUGGUCAUAAGUCAGUCCGAGGUUCAACAUACUGAGAGACCUUUCCUCAAUCGGUUCGAAAAAUUCUCCUUAAGUCAUAAAGUAUUACUGAAGGAAGCUUUAUCAAUCCACUGUCAGAAUAUUAGAAUCCUUUUUGACAUUGUCACAAAAGAUAUAAUUGAGUUUGUUCAGAAAUGUAGUGAAUCUAGUUUUUAUGGUUUCACCGAUCAAACAAUUGAUUCUUUGUUGCUAUCACUUGUCUCAUAUCAUGGAUUUGAGGAUAGUUAUGACACAAAUUUUAGUGAAACAGCAAUUCCCUGUUGUUACAGCAAGAAUUGUCAAUGUGAUACAAAUGAAGGAUUUUUUAUUAGAAAAGUUGUUGCCCUAUUUUCAGAUAUAUUUAACAUUUCAUUAUCAUUGGGAGACUGUGAAGAAUUCUGUGAAGUUAUUAAGCACAUGAUGCUUCGAAAUGAUGAUAGAAUUGUAAGCUAUUUUGAUGCUGAAUUCGACCAAGAUAAAAUGGCAACUUCUUUAAAAAAAGAUAUUGAGAAGGUCUCUUCUGCAAAUUUGUUAUCAAUCGAAAGUUUCCCUCUAUCUUUAUUGAGAAAAUUAAUCGUUAUGCAUCUUACCAAUCAACUCCUCCAUUUAAUGACACCAGAGGCACUUGUAAUACACAGCAGAAGAAUAGAGCCAUAUUAUAAAAUUUGUUAUCUCAACCAUCAGCAUCACUUCUCACUACCAAAUAUUGUUCAAUCUCAGUUAAAUCUAUUAAAAGAUCGUAAUGUAGUAAAAAAGUUCCUUUGUUACACACGUACCUCUCCAGCACUACUUGAGCUGUUAUCAGCACAUUCUUCUUGUUCUUUUAAGACAGAAAAGGAGCGGAAAGUGUUGGAGGAAUUUUUUACGUUGGAUUCAAAAUUGUUUCAUACUUACAUUAUUACCAAGUCAACUAGUCAAGAAAAAUUAAAUAUUGUCCUCAGCCAGUUUUUUAGACACGAUUUCCAAGUUCUUCUUCUUUGGGGUGACAUGAAUAAUCUUAGCAAAGAUACUGUAAACCAUACUAGACUACUUAUUGAGGAAGCAGAGCGCAUGUUGCAGAGUCUUAAAAUAGGUAAACUUGUUUUUCUCAUACUUCAUUUCCCUUCUAACAUGUUUUACUCUCACUGCUAUCCAUCAAUAUUUCUCAAAGGCUGGAGACACAUUUAUAUGGACAUGAUUGGACAGACAGAAACAAAUACAAGCACAAAUGUGGAGGAGUGGCUCAGGAUAUGUCUCUUGCCUAGUCAAAAAUGUUGGGCUUACACUGAAACUAAAUCGAUUAGCUUCAUUCCAGACAAAGUAUUGACAAUGUGGAUUGAGAAAUGGCUUCCUAUGAUCUCAAGUACCAUCACUAUUCAAGAGACUAAGGGUUUCCCAGGUGCUCGAAGUGCCAAGGACUGCUGGAGUCAAAUGUUGUUUGAAUUUAAAGUGGAAAAAGUGAUAAGGAGAAGAUUUAACAAUUAUUGGCAGAAGCGCACAAUGUAUGAUUUAUCACUUCAGGCAGCAAAUUAUGCCAUGACUUACCAAUCAACUCGUACCCUUUCCAGUACAAUAGAGGCCAGCAUACAAUCAAAUUUUAAGAACUUUGUUCUUUAUUUUCUAUCACUCAUCAACCAAAAUAUGGCCAUGCACACUGUGCUUCUAAAGACAGAAGAAAAUCCAAAAAAAUCAGAUGACAUUGGCAAACCCUUCUUAUGCAUGCUCUCAUCUCUUCAUCUCCCAGAAUCUCUUGAGGAGAUUAAAUUGGGACUAGCUAUACUGAAACAUCAGAGCAGUUCUUCCAGUGAUAGAGCAGUGUUUGUGCCUCAAUUUUGUUUUUUUCCUGUUGUAUUUGAGUACAUUGAAGUGCUUGUUAACAAGGCAUUACACCUAAUACAUGCACCUAAACCUCUUACAUUAGUUGCCACGGAGGAAUCAGAAAUUGGGAGGAAGAGGUUAGGAAAAAUUAAAAGUUUUGAUCAGGAACAGAAUGUGGUUGAGGAUAAGAUAGCAGAAUUACUAAGGCAGGAAAAUGAUACAGUCAUCAAAGUUGUUCUUGAUUUGCUGAAAGAUGAGUCUCUUUGGUCUGACUAUUUUUCUGAUGCUAUAACAAAACGACUUGAUCGAACUCUUGGAACUUUUUCCGAAGUCUACCUAAAGCAGCACUUAUCAAAAGAAGCAGAUAAUGUUCCAUUGAAGCUAGCAAUGUUGCACUAUCACUUAAGGGUCUCAUGGUUAGAUGCAAACUCUCUUUCCUUAUUAAGAAUACUUGAUGACUGUGCACAAAAUGCUCCAGACAAACUAUCAGCAAAUGUGAAACUUGUGGAAGAGCCAGAUGUGAUUGAGCAUAUUAUUGUGUUGCUUUUUACUUGUCUUACAAACUGCUGUACUGGUUGUACAGACACCUGCAUGGAUUCUGUUAAUAAGCUUGGAAGUUUGUUUUACAAAAUGAUGAACUUGUUCAAAGUUGAAUCUAUUAGCAGCUUUUCAGCUCCACUGAAAAAUAAAUGGAUUUUUUUGUCUGUUGUUUUCAAACUCAACCAGUUAAUGACAGUUGAUGAGACUCUUGUUUUCCAAUGUACUAUUGAUCAGUUUAUACUGGAGUUACUAAGAACUUUGUCAUCAGCUAUAAAUUCUGAAACUGUUAUUAAUUGUACUGCUUUAACUGAUACAACAGUUGAUAUUGCUUUCAAACAAGGAACUGUAAUUGAAAUGCUGAGCAUGAUUUCUCCUCCAUCAAACGAGUUUUAUGCUAUCAUAGAAAUGAUCUUUGAUCACUACAUUACAUUUUACUCUAAAGAAAUCACUGAGGAUUCAGCAACUUCCAUGUUUAAACUAAUUGGUUUGAUUGUUAAUAAACUCAUUUUGCAAGAAAUGGAUGAAACUUUAGCUAAAUACAGAUAUCAUUUCUCCCAACUACUCAUUAGUAAUGACAACAAUGAUGAUUCUAGUGAAGAUACUCUAAACCCUCUUCUCUUGUUUAAUAUCAAUAUGCGUACUGGUUUGUUUAAAGCUAUUGAGCAAGAAGUCAACAUAACCGAACCUUUGGUGUAUGUCCCAACAUAUUUUAAGUAUUGUUCAAAACUGAUUGAUUCUAAUUCACAGUUAUUGCAUAUUCUCUGUGAUAUGUACUUUGAGGUGACUAGACAAUAUUUGCAAGGAAAAUGUCAUACAUUCUUAGAACUGAUAUCUUUCUAUGAGAAGGUCAGUGCUUGCUCUAAUGAAAGUCCAAUGGCUGUCGCAAUUGAAAAACAAGCCAUUGUUCAUGUAAUCAUCAAGUCCUUUGCAGCCACCCUCUUGAAAGAUGAAAAUGAAAGACAAGUGUUAGCUGACUGUUGUGACAGGUUGAACCAAAUUAUUAUAGAGAGUAAUGUUGUUGAGAUCAAUGCAGAAAAUGUGGUAAUAUGUGGUAAUGGACUUGUCUUAUUAAUGAGGCUGCUUAGUGCUUGUAGGAGUGAGAAAGUGCUGUGGAGUAUGAUGGUGACACAGUUUCAAUCUAAUCUUUGUGAUUAUGACAUUUUGCAUCCAAUAAACAAAAUCCUUAGUCAAAAGGAAUAUUCUCCAGAUCAAUUCACUCUUUUGUUGUACAUAAAACAAACUAUUCCAAGCAGACACCAGUUAUAUUCUCGAAUACAUGAUUUAAUUCAAAGGAUAAUAAGGACUAGUGGACAGAGGGGAGUUGAUGAACUGAUGGCUAUUGCUCUAAAAUGCUACAGUAACAAGAAUGCAAUUGAGAAAACUAAUUGGACAUUCAAUAUGUCUAUCUUCAUUUCAGUUUAUGAGACUAUGUUUUUAAAUAAAUAUUCAAGAAGAGCUGAAGUUGUUCAACAGGCUUUAGAUGAAAAAAUUGGACAGUAUGUUGAUGAACUCUUUCUCAAAUUUAUGAAAUGGCUGUUAGAUCAAAAAGAUUCGCCAGAUAAACUUCAAGACUUUUUUGUCAGAAAUGAAAGGGACAAAGAACAUGUUGAAUGUAUCAUGAAUUUGGCAACUGUUUUAUUUGGUGAUGAAGAAAAUUCUUGUCAUGCCUGGGAACAUCUUUUCUCAGUUCAAACUAUUGCUUUAGGUUUUGUUCCAGGAACUAUGGUAACUGGAACAUCUGAUUCCGGAUAUUUGGAUGUUGUCUGUACAUCUGACAAAACACUUUGUUUUACAAAAAGAAAAAGUUUGACAUGGUACUCAUUGAUAUUCACUCAGUGGAUGAACUAUGGACUGCUCUGUCUCUCAUUUGCUGUGAUGCCAUCCAACGUCGAGAACUUUAUUUUUAAACAAGCACCUGAUGUCAUUUCAAAGUGUAUUGAACGCUCAAAAGAAUUGUGGGAAAUGUUAAUGACUGAAUUUAACCUAACACAUGAAGAGAGGAAAAAACUUGUCUCCCGUGGAGUUCAGAAUUUAUAUCAGGUAUUGAAUUUUGGUAGGCUAAAAAUAGCCUGGGAAUGUCUCAAAGAGACUCCAAAUGAAGAAAAUCUUUCUAAAUAUGAGUGCAUUCUACAUGACGAAGUCUUUUUACCUGCAUUUAAAGCAGUAAAAAAUGAUAAGAAAAAGUUUUCUAUGUUUGGAAAUACUUUAGGUGAUCAAAUGAGGGAACUGUAUGUUUUUGUUCCAGAGUUAAACAUUUGUCCUUCUGACUUGUGUAGUGGAUUCUUACUCACUAUCUUCUUCUCAAAGAACCUCUAUAACAAAAAAUGCUCCUUUUAUGUCUUAUAUCAAUUUUUGAUUAAGCGCCCAGCACUGAAUAUAGGUGCUCAUCUUCUUCCUUGUUUGAUAGAUUUCUACAACUGGAUACACUCUCAAGCCUCAUAUAAAGUCACAUUAGAAGUAGCCAAAGAAACUUCAGCACGGCAGAUUUUAACAUCAAUACUCCAACAGUACUUUCCUGAACAAGAGGAAAAAAGAUUGAAUCAAUUGGACAAAAUAAAUGAAAUGUAUGAACGCUAUGUAGAAACUAGUGGAACAAAACCAGUAGAAUUUAGUACUGGAAUUAGUUUUUUUGAUGUGGUAUCAACUAAUGAUGGAAUGGAUGCAUUACUGAAUAUAAUACUACACAUUAUUGACGGUUAUAAUUAUUUUUUUGAAAUGGUCCAUAGUCACCAAUCUACCAGUCAUUUUCUAAAGUACAAGUCAGUAUACAAAAUAUCAAUGUCUGAGAUUACAUAUGAUACUUGUUCAUUUGGAACUUCGGAAAAUUGUUAUGAUGUUAGUGAUAUAGAGCCAAUACUGAAGAAGUAUCAUUCAUUUAAUGUUGGAUUUAAAUUGUAUGACCUAUAUCAAUUUGAUGAGUCUAUACUGCUUAAUACUGUACCCCAGAUAUAUCAUCUUGGCAAUAUUCAAGAUGAAAUAGUUCAAAAAUUCAUUGUUCAUAAGCACCUUGUCAGUAAAGAAAAUUUUUCAAAAGUGUUUUCUUUUAGUGAAUGUUCAACAUGUGAAGAUGUUCCCCGAGGAUUGUUUAUUACAGCUACUUAUGGAUACAAUGAAACUAUUAAAAUUCUAAGUAACUAUCCUUCAUUCAUUAAAACUCUAACAUGGAAGGAACAAAAUGAACUUGAGAAUCUGUUUCAUUCUCUCCCUUACGAUAGUCUUUUAAAUGUAUGUGGUGGUCUCUGUUUGGUAUUAAAAGUGUUACUGGAGAAAGUUGUAGGACAAAAAAGAUUUGAGAUAUCCUCAUUGACAAUAAGAAUGUUCUGCUUAGAGUCCAAUAUUGAUUUGAAUGAUGUUGGCAUUGCACUGUGUUCAUCUGAUUGUAUAACUGGGCUUUCAAAAGAUCAGUACAAUCAUGUUUGUGAAACUCCAGUGUCAUAUGUUAAAGCAAUGUCUGAAUUAUUUCAUGAAUGGGUCAAAAUUGGUUUUUAUGACUUUUGGCAUCUUCCAUACUGUCUGAAAGUAAAGUUAAACAAAGAGAUUGCGGAGAAAAUUGAAAGUGAAGAUGAGGAUACUAUACGAAGCACAAUGCAUCAAUUAUUUUCUCUGGAGCAACUGAUAUGUAAAAAAUCCACAAAAAGCUAUACUACUAAAAUUUCUGAUGUGGAGAAAGAUAAGAAACUUGAUUCAUACCUUUUUUCCUUGCCAAUAAAAUAUUAUGUGUAUUUGCAGCUGGCAUUGAGAAGGAGGCUAUUAAAACUGCUAGAAAUGAAACAGAAAGAGCUGCACUAUGAAAAUAUGAAAGAGCAAGUAGAAAAGGCAAAAGUUAGAUCUCAUCCUUCUCCAACUCCAACUCAAUUAAGAAAGAUGGCAUCUGUUAAUGAAGUUUUGCCAAUGAACGCAAGUAACUAUGGAGAGUCAAAAGCAAGUUUUGGCAAUGAUAAAGCCAACUCUGGUAGCGAUAAAGCAGCCACUCCUGAUACUACCACUGUAAACAAUCAAAAUGCAAUGUCAGCUUCUUACUUGACUGCAGGUGGAGAUUUAUUGGAAGCAGCUAGUAAUCUCUCCGUAGGAGACGUUGCUAAUUUGUUGCAAAGAAUAGGAUUACAGAAAAGCUCAGAAGUUGUACUUGAGAACUCUUAUGAUGGUGCAUUAUUAUACUCGCAUUUGACAUCGGGCGAAGAAUUAGACCCUGAGGAAUUAGGAAUGAAUGAUAAAAUAGAUGAACUGAGGUUUCGGGUUGUAUUUAAAAGAGUUUUAGAAGGAAAGGAACCAGAACACCCAUUUUCAUCUCAAAAAUUAAAGGAGUUUCUUAGCAAUCUUGGUCAAUUUGUCAAGAUAGGACAACUCGUUGAAGAAAGGAUGAUUGAUGGAGAAAUGCUGCUUUUUGCUAAUAAUGAAAUAUUUCGUAAUCUUGGAAUCAAAUCUUUAAGUACAAGUCGAAUUAAGAGGGAGCUUCAAAACAAAUUAAAAGAUUUCUAAAGAAUAGGUUUUUUCUUUAUUUGUGUGUUAGAAUUUAUAUUGUUAAGGUGCUGGAUUACAUUUUUUACUCAUUCUUUUUAUAGAAAUAAUUAGUGUUUAUUAUUAGCUUUUGUGAAACUAAUAAAUGUUAUUUUUGCUUAUAAUUGUUUAGCUUAAUUUAUCCAGUAUUCUAAUUUUCUGUUAGAACAUGUAUUAUCA